AUGUCCUCCCCUCGAAUGGACUUUAUAAGCGGAGCGAGGCAGCGAGAAACGCCCGAGCAAGACUUGAGCCUCUGCUACGCGUACCCGAUCGUGAUCGAUGACGAGCAAGGGACGAGCAGCGUGCUCACCGACGACAAGAGGGUGUCACGAGUGCCGAGCAGCAGAGACACCUCGGCCGAGGACGGGUUGUACGUGCCCGAAAACCCGUUCACCGAGAAAAUGACGAAGCCCCAUCGGCUCGACGAUGUGCGCGCUACGUUGGACUACGAGUCGCGGGGGCAAUUUCGCGGCGGCAGGCUCGUGGAGAUCGCGAUCCGCGACGUUCGUAUUCACGAGGCGUCGCUCGAGAUCACCUCGGUGUCCAUAUUGUUCCGGCGGAAGUUGAUAUGCAGGACCAGCCAUCCCUUCAAUCGGAAGCUGUACAAACUGCUGAUCCGAAACGUGGAGAAUCACAACCUGUCGAUACAGGUGCACGCGCAGCGGGCCGAGUCCAGCGUCCUGCCGUUCCCGUUGCCGCGACGUUGCGUCAAGGACCACAGGGUGGAGGUGGACUUCGCGAUCGGCGAUAACUCGGGCAGGAUAUACGCCGGCACCGUCACCUGCACGGUCUCCUUGUCGAGGCAAGGCGACGAGGAAUGGCAGGAGAGCAACGCGUACCUCUACACCCUCAACAACGACCCGAACGACCCGCAGAACUGCCUGAUGAGACCGCGACAGAAGUCCAGCGGGAAGAAGGACGUUAAAUACUUCCUGCUGCAGGACCCGGCGUUGGUCUUCGAGGCGGAGCUCGACGCGGUGCGUAAAAGUCGCGCACUGGAGUGCAAGCCGCCGGACAUCGUCGUGACCGAGCAACCGGCCUUCUCCGUGUUGGACGUCUCCCUGAAGAACCUCUUCCAGGCCAGCCGGCCGCUCAGACCGUCGUCCGGCACUCGCAGGCACCACACCAUAGGAAAGACGAUUCUCGCCGUCACCGUUCUCAGGGGUGUGGAGGUGCCGGUGAGGGAGGAAUCGGCGUCGGUCUCGCCGCUCGUCGAGGUCGAGUGGGGCGACGUCGUCCACGCGACCUCGGUGGCGGACGGGCCCGCGCCCGUCUGGCAGCAGACCAUGCACUUCGAACGAAACGGCGAGCAGUGCGUGAAGUUCCGUCUGUACGACCGGCAUCCGGUCUGGGGCCAACAGUGGCUGGGCGAGGCGAGGAUCCCGCUGGAACGUCAUCAGGAGCUCGAGCGUUGGCUCGCCCUCUCCCCCUUGUUCAGUCCGGCGUUGCUGUUCGGCUACGUGCAAGCCAGCCCCGGGCAGUCGCACACCAGGAUCUACGUGCUGAUGAAGAUGGAGCAGCCGGGCAACGCCAAGUCCAUGGAGGCCAACGCGAUCGACACCCUGUCGAAGGGCAUCCAGCGUUGCUUGCCGAGUCCCUGCAAAGUCGCCGGCGUCGAGACCCCCGACGAUGCUGCCCGACUCGCGAUGCUGUUGCCGUCGCUGCCGGUGCACUACGGCCCGGUUACGCCGCGCCAGGCGUUGAACGUGAAUAAGGUGGAUCACUAUGGCCGAGCGGCCCUCUUGGCCACGCUGCUGCAGGCUUUCGGCUUGCAUCCCUACGUGUUGUUGGGUUCCUCGCAGACAAGCAAGUGGACCGCGUUUGUCUUGAACACCGAGGGGGACGACGCUGUCCUGUGGGAUCCAGAGAUUGGAGAUCACUAUAAGCUCAGCGACAGCCGGUGCUCGUUGAUGAAAGUCUCUCGCUUGAUCAAUCACUCCGGUAUAUGGGAUAACUUGCAGAAGUCCAUCCUGCCUCACAAUCUCAGAUACAACGUGACGAUUAGCAAAGAUUGGCGGCCGCUCGCGCCCGUCGCCGCCACGUCGACCAGCCAACGGUCCGUUCAGACGCUGGAACUGGCCGUCGCGGACGAGGAGGAUGCGAAGGAGAGCGAGGCGCGAAUGGAACAACAUUUGCGGGACAAGCUGUCCGGCUGGCGCGGUGCUCUCGGCCUCACGACCGUGUUCAAUCGUCACGCGGUCGCCGUUUUGCGAGGCUUCGUUUCCAACAUACCGAGCGACGUGGGACACCAGAUCGACAAGAGGGACCUUAAGCAGUUGUACAGGGCCUAUCACACUCACGGUUUUCUCCUGAAUCUACGUCAGACCAGCUUGAACGAGUUGACCGAGCAGAUAGCUGCUACGAAGGUGCGCGAUAUCACGGGCCCCGUCGAAUUCGCGCUCGUUUGCCACGUGCAACGCUACGUUGGGAAAACGUGCUCGAUAUGGUUGGCUUUGGCGAUCCUCAGGAGUCGCGGUUGA